AUGACAUUUGGUAAAAAGACCUUCCUAGCCUGGCUCUUAGUGGUGCUUGUGCUAAUAGCUAUUGUGACAGAUGUUGAGUGUAAAAAGAAAUCCAAGAAGAGGAAGAAAAAGGGAGGAAAAAAAAGAGGAAAAGAAUUUUACCCAAGACCAUCAUCUGUCACAGAUCAUCAGUAUUGUGCUGCAUGCAGAGCACUUGUCAAAGAAGGAGUUAAAGAGCUAAAGCAUAGAAAAGAUGCUGCUGAUGUUUAUAGUUUCACUUCGACAAUGUGUAACCAAGAAAGAUACUAUAUUUAUGAUUACCCUCCUCCAGAAAUGUUCGAGAGUUGCAUUGCUUUUAUAUCAAAUUGGGAAGAAGAAAUCGAGCAAGCUUUCAUGAAAAGAGAUACUAAUGAAGAAAUGGAGCAAAAGCUUUGAUACGAAAUUACAAAAGCAUGUAAAAUUGAAGAUAAGGAGAAAGAAGGAGAAGCUCCCAACGUUCCUCCCCAAAUAGAAAUCAAUGGCCAGCCUCAGAUGGUAAAUCCAGAUGGGACUUUAGAGGUACAGACAGAAGAUCUUUAGAAGAAAAUUAUUGAAAAUUCAAUAAUA